AUGGCUGAAGAGAAACCCGGCAACGCGCCCGCCACCAGGGUCAGCGACGGCGACGACCACGACCGGGAGCCCGUCGCCGACCUCACCAGGCCCAAGGGAUGGAAGUACAAGGAGCUCAAGGUCGCUGGCGUUAGCCUCUCCUGGUACGCCUCGCCUAGCUUCCAGCUCGUCCUCGUCUCCUUCGUCUGCUUCAUGUGUCCGGGCAUGUUCAACGCCCUCAGCAGCCUGGGGGGCGGAGGCAAGACGGACAAAACCACCGCAGACAACAUGAACAUUGCGCUGUACAGUUGCUUUGCCGUCUUUGGCUUCUUUGGCGGCUCGUUCGUCAACCGUCUCGGUGUGCGCCUGACCCUUGCCUUUGGUGGGAUUGGAUACUGUCUCUACGCCAUCUCGCUGCUCGUCUCCGUGCACUCGGAGCACGUAGCCGGUUUCAACGUCUUCGCGGGCGCCUUUCUCGGUCUCUGCGCCGGCCUCCUCUGGACUGCACAGGGCACCAUCAUGCUCUCCUACCCGGGAGAGUCCACCAAGGGCCGGUCCUUUGCCGUCUUUUGGGCCAUCUUCAACCUCGGGGGCGUCAUCGGCUCUUUGAUCCCCCUUGGAGAGAAUAUCAAUGUUAAAGGCAAUGUUAAUGUCACGGACGGCACCUACAUUGCUUUCAUUGUUCUCAUGGCCACCGGUGCCGUCCUCGCCCUCCUCCUCUGCAACGCAGGCGACAUCUACCGCCGUGACGGCAGCCGAGUCGUCAUCAUGAAGAACCCUACCUUCAAAACUGAAUUUAUUGGCCUCUGGGAGACCAUCCGCAGCGAACCAUACAUCGUCCUCCUCUUCCCCCUCUUCUGGUCCUCCAACUGGUUCACCGCCUACCAGUUCAACGCCAUCAACGGCGCCUAUUUCACCACCCGUACUAAGGCCCUCAACUCCGUGCUCUACUGGACCUCCCAGAUCAUUGGAGCCGGUAUCUUCGGCGUCUGUCUUGAUAACACCUCCGUCAGCCGCUCUCUCAGGGCCAGAAUCAACCUUGCCGUCAUGUUCGUGCUCACCAUGGCCAUCUGGGGUGGUGGCUAUGCCUUUGCCAAGGGCUACUCGCGCGAGUCUGUUGACCCGGAAGCAGGCUACAAGGGCAAAGACUGGAAUGACAGCGGCUACGUUGGUCCAAUGUUCCUGUUCAUGUUCUACGGCUUCUACGACGCUGCUUUCCAGGCAUCCGCUUACUGGUAUAUGGGAGCUCUCUCCAACUCCGGUCGUAAGACAGCCAACUACGUCGGAUUUUAUAAGGGCAUACAGUCCGCUGGUGCCGCCGUUUCAUGGGCCAUAGAUCUGAAGAAACUAGCCUUCAUGUCGAUCUUCGCCAGCAACUGGGCCCUCCUGGCCGGCUCCCUCGUUAUCGCCGCCCCACUGGUCCUCAGGAUCAAAGAUCACGUCGACAUCGAAGAGGACCUCAAGUAUUCCGACGAGACCAUAGCCGAUGUCCUUCCUACUGGCCAUCCGGAUAAAGAAACUGCCUAA